CCUCAGCCCAAAGUUCUCCCGUCUUCCAAUCUCGGUGUCUGUCCUAUUCUCCCCUACCGUCCCCACGCCCUGCUUUCCCGAGGGCGCCGCCGGCACCGGGGGCCGCCUCCAGCAGUCGCGCCGCCGGCCAGUUGCUGCCUGACGCCUGCCCGCCCGCGGCCCCUGCUGCCUGUUUCCCUGCUGGGCAGUGUCUGCUGGGAAAGCACGGCGCGCGCGCCACCCGCCGGCCGGCAGCCGCGAAAAACCCGGCGCACCUGCGCCAGCCGCCUCCCGCGCUCCCGCGCGGCCGCCCCGACCGUCCUGCGCGCGGCUGCAGCAGCUAGCUGUCCAGCCCGAUUUUUUCAGAAACAGCUAGCUAGCGGACUACCUUAGUUUCAAUUUCUAGGUCCGCCACUGGACGAGAGAAUGGUGAAGGGGAGGCCGAAGCCGACGCCAGUCAAUGCGCCGGCUGAGGUGGUCUUCGACCCAUCGGCUUCCAGCACCCGGAAACCCCGGCGCCCUGGGGCACCGUCGGCCAGCAAUGAGUGGCGCAGCUUCAUGGGAUCGAGUCUCUCGGAUAUGUAUCGGAAGCCAGUUUUGGAGAAAUCUGCGGAUACAUCUGAUGAUGAGCCUGACAUUGAUAUUGGGAAGCUGUUGAAAGAUGUUGAGCUCUUUGGAGCAUCUUCAUUUAAGGAACGGAAGAAAAUCGAGAACCGUAAAGUGGUCGAAUUGGGUGGAAAGGCCGUUAAGAAACACCGCACACCAUUAAGUGUAGCGAAGCCAGCUCUUAAGAAUCAGAAGAAAAGGGAGUUGAAGAAAAUUGAAGAGGAAAAGCUACUUGGGAUUUUUAGGAAGCGAGACAAGAAUAGCAAAGCUCAGAAGACCAGGCCAGAGGACCGAGUUCUCAGGGCCACGGAAGGACACUUCAAGAAUGGUAUACUUGACGUGAAGCAUCUUCUGUCGGCACCAAAACCAUCAGGCAGGGAUGCGCCGGAGCCAAAGAUGAGAAAGGGCAAUCACAAGGGGAAGGGAAAACAGAAGGGAGGCAGAAGAAAGAGGCGUUGAGGAAAACAUUUUUGUAACCAGUUUUGUAUUAACUAUUAAGAUAGAUGAAUGAAACUUAAGAUGACAUCUUGUAAUCAUUCUCGCAUUAAGAUAUUAUAACUUUGUUCCACUGGAAUCUUGGAAGCAAUACUAAAACUGAUGUAAUUUUUGAGGCAGCAUUUCGUCAAAGUCGUGUUUCCUUCUGCUUUUUA